AUGGCGCGCGGCUCCUCGCGCCCUGGUAGCCCACGAAUCCUGGACUCGCGGCUCCGCUUGUGCUGUGCUCUCGAAACCUUCCGCUUGCGGCGGCUGCAGCAGCGGCUCCCGUUUCGGCUGCGGUUCGGCUCCCGCUCGGGCUCCGCUCCGCACCGGAUCCCCGCAGCUCCCUCCGUCUGUCGGGGAGAAGCGGCAGCCUCCCUCCUUCCCUCCUGCGCCCGCCGCCAGCACCGGGGUAACCAUGGAGACGGGGCACACCCAGGCAGGGCCGCCUCCUUAAAGGGACAGGCCUCCCGCCGAGGGAUCCCCCUCCCCUCGGGACCUCGUGGGGGCCUGGGAGGCGGCGCCCUUCCUCCCUACCCGCGCCAAGCGGGCCGCCCGGGCCACCUCAAGCUGCCCCGCCCGCCCUUCGGAGAACGACGGGCAAGCGCCUGGUCCCGCUCGGGCUGA